CUGAGUUCUGUUUGUCCAAACAAGCCCUGACCGAAAAUCUCUCUCAAGUCCACUAUGCUUUUGUCGAAUUAUCUCAACAAUACAACCAACAAUAAACGCGCGGUCAACAUACAGGUCCGUGCGCUGUGUGGCAGGCACACUGGUCGGACUUUGAAGGUGUAGGGCCAUUCAACAAAACUGUCGCGUCGAGACGAACCACCCAACAUAGCUUCCUUUCGCUUCCCCACUUGAAAUAUCCCAGAUUCAACACUCUCAGCGAUGUCUGACAACGAGGGAACCACUAAAAAGAGCGGUUAUCGCCUGGAAUACGCGUCUUCUGCCAGAUCCAAAUGCAAAGGUCCCAAACCUUGCGGUGGUAAUCCAAUCGCCAAGGGGGAGCUUCGUGUUGGCUCUGUCGUCGAUUUCAGGGGGAACACUAGCUAUUCAUGGCGCCACUGGGGUUGCACGACUACCAAGAUCCUAUCCAACAUGAAAUCUCAAUUCGAUUCCCCCGAUGACCUCGAUGGUUUCGACGACCUCAAAGACGAAGACAAAGAGCGCCUCCGCAAGGCAUGGCAGGAAGGCAAGGUUGCCGACGAGGAUAUCCCAGAAACAGCAAGGAAAGCUCCUGGAGAAGAGGCUGAAGAAGAAGAGGAGAAGCCCAAGAAGAGGGCACCAGCAAAAGCCAAGAAAGACGCGGGUGGAGAGGAUGGUGAGAAGCCAAAGAGAAAACGUGCACCUGCAAAGGCCAAGAAAGUGGAGGAGGAGGAAGAUGAAGAUGCUGAAGAGAAGCCGAAGAAGGCUCCUGCAAGGAAGCCUCGCGCAAAGAAAGCCGCAGCUUCGUCAGACGUCGAAGAUAAGGGAGAGUCUGAGGAGAAACCCAAGAAGCGCGCGCCUGCGAGAAAGCCUGCCGCCGAGAAGAAAGUUGCCGAGAAGAAGGCCCCUGCGAGGAAGAGAGCAACUAAGAAAAAGGACGAAGAGGAAGAAUCCGGUGAGGACUUUGCAGAGGCGAUUGCUGAGGUUCAGGACGAGGAGGAAGAAGAUGCAGAAGAGUCUGUCAAGAAGCGCAAGCGACCCGCUUCUUCGAAGCCAGCAUCCACUGCCAAGAAAGCAAAAGUAGCUUCCAAGGCAAAGAAGUCGAAGGAAGUCCUUGAAGAGGAAGAAGACAACGAGUAGAUCAUCCUCUAUCAUUAUGACGUCCCCUUUUCUCCAUUCCCUUGAGUGUCCGCCAAGUGUCCACGAUUCACGCAUUCAUAACAUUGCUAUGUAACUUGUUUGAAUUCUCUUGUAUGCUGUUGAGUAAUUUAAGCUUCGCAUGUUCAAUCACCAG